UUUGCUGUACUUCAGAUUUUUCUGCCUCUUAUUUCUUUAACUGACAGGAAAACUGAACCCAAGCAAGACCCCUAGACCAUAUUAUUUCUAGACUGUGCCACUUCGGGGGCUUGCCUCCGGAUUUCUUCUGAAGACAGUACAAUUUUGAAACCUCAUCCCUGGUUCGUUUUUGAGGACUAUCGACUCACCAAGAAAUGAUUUCUGUAAUGAAGAAGGAACAUGCCUUUUUGGCAUCUGUGUGUCUGUUGCUCAGCAUUGUCCCUGAGCUUCUUAAUGCUCUGCCUGAGGAAGAUGAUGAAUAUGAAAAAACCACAGUUUUGGAACAGCCACCAAUGAAACCGAAACAUACAUUUUGCUCAAUGCAAGUAGAAGAUGGGCCGUGCAAAGCCAUGAUAAGGAAUUAUUUUUUCAAUAUUUUAACUCAUCAAUGUGAAGAGUUUAUAUAUGGGGGAUGCAGAGGAAACAAAAAUCGAUUUGACACCCUUGAAGAGUGUAAGGAAACAUGCAUCAUAGAUUAUAAAAAGACGGCUGUAAAGACUACAUCUGGAGCAGAGAAGCCAGAUUUCUGCUUCUUGGAAGAGGACCCUGGGAUCUGCCGAGGUCUCAUUACUAGGUACUUUUAUAACAACCAGUCCAAGCAGUGUGAGAGCUUCAAGUAUGGUGGGUGCCUAGGCAACCUCAAUAACUUUGAGACUUUGGAUUCCUGCAAGAUCACCUGUGAGGAUACCGGGAAUGAGUUACAGGUAAACACUUCUGCACCACCUGAUCUCAGUACUGCAAAUAACACUUUGAUCUCCCAAUCUACCAAAGCGCACAGACGUUGGGAAUAUCAUGGCCCUUCAUGGUGUCUUAGUCCAGCAGACAGUGGAUUAUGUAAAGCCAAUGAAAAAAGAUUCUUCUACAAUUCAGCCAUUGGGAAAUGCCGUCAAUUUAAGUACACUGGAUGUGGGGGAAAUAAUAAUAAUUUUACUACCAAAAAAGACUGUGUUAGGGCAUGUAAAAGAGGUUUCAUCAAAAGAAUAUCAAAAGAAGGACUAAUUAAAACCUCAAGAAAAAAGAAGCCUUCAAUGAAAGUAGUGAAUGGGAAAUUUAAUUAGUGUUAAGAUAUAAACAUAUUACUGUUACAUUAAUUUCACUAAAUAUUUCACAAGAUAUUUUUACUAUGAUGUCUAUUCUUCUACUACAAUAGUUUUAAUGACAAUAUUAGUAGUUAAUUUUCCAGGCCAUUUUGUCGGCUAAGAAUGUGUAUUCAUUAGUGUUUCUUUUCUGAUCUAGCCAAUGUACUUUUUUAAAGCUGUAAUUUAUUAACUGGCUACUGUGAAUUUUAUCUCAGUCCCUUUUAAACAAUUUUCCAUUUAAUUACAAGUUCUCAUACUACUAACCACAUGAACCAGUUAUCUCAUUUUCCAUUGGCAAACAUCUACUGAAGAUAUAUCUUUAUUUGUUUUGAUCACGAACAUUAUGUACUCUGAUAGUCUAAACCUUCUCAAAUAAUUUUGUUUUUAAUGAUGUGAGAAAUACAAUAUUCUACCCUGAACAAUAAACUUGACUGU